AUGGUCACAAAAGAAAAUGUGCAGGUGUUAUUACUAGCUGCAAAUGUAUUGCAGUUAGAUUAUGUAAAUAGUGUAUGUGCUGAGUUUUUACAAAAACAACUGAAUCCAUCAAAUUGUCUUGGUAUAAGAGCGUUUGCUGACUUACAUAACUGUACUGAUUUGUUGUCAAGUUCUGAAGCAUAUAUUAAACAACAUUUUUUAGAAGUAGCUAAAGGCGAAGAUUUUCUAUCCUUAUCUUCUGAUGAUUUGGUGAAGCUUAUUUCCUCUAAUGACCUUGCUGUUCCAUUUGAAGAAAAAGUAUUUGAAUGUGUUAUCAAAUGGGUAAAACAUGAUUCAGAUCAUAGAAUAGAUUUUUUGCCAAAACUAUUGGAACAUGUACGUUUGCCAUUACUAAAGCCUGAUAUAAUAAUUAAUAUAUCUGAAGAACCUCUUCUAAACACUAGUCAUAAAUGUAAAGAUUAUAUAAUCGAAGCAUUAUAUUUUAAUCAUCAAAAAUCCGUUCAGCAUUUCACCAUUCCAAAAACAAUUAGGUUUAAACCUAGACAGUUUGAUGGUUUUCAAAAAGUUCUUCUAAUGUUCAGUGAUUCCAUAUAUGCUGUUGGUGGAGGAUUUAUCGGCUAUCCAUUGAAAAGUGUAGAGGUAUUUGAUGUCAUUACCCAAAAAUGGAGAAUAGUGUCUAGUAUGACAAUUGCGAGAUGUAAAUUGGGCGUUGGUGUACUCAAUAAUCGUCUAUACGCUGUUGGAGGUUAUAAUGGUAACGGUUUGAAAUCUGUUGAAUAUUAUGAUCCCACACUUGAUAUAUGGACUCCGGUUGCAGAAAUGUCUGAGUGUCGUUAUGGUGUUAGUGUAGGGGUUUUGGAUGGUCUUAUGUACGCAAUUGGUGGCUAUAAUGGAAAGUUUCUUAAAAGUGUUGAGGUUUAUAGACCAAGUGAUGGAGUUUGGUCUUCUAUAGCUGAUAUGAAUUUAUGCCGAUUUUGCCCUGGAGUAGCCGUAUUAGAUGGUUUAUUGUCUGUUGGCAUACGCUCAUUGUUCUCUUCAGAAUUUUCCGAGGCUUUUUUUGACACCAAUUCAUUAUGA